GGGAGGAGCACCCCUCUGCAGAGAAGUAAAACUGCUUUGCUGAAAAUCUUUUGUUUGAGUGUUCAAUUUGCUUAGGAUUUUGAGCAUUAUUUCUAACAAUUCUGGCACCCAACGUGGGGCAAAUAUUCUCCAUCGGGAGGGGGUCUUUGGUCACCCCACCCAGUGGGGAUGCGUCCCACUGUCUAGUUACAGUGGCCCAACGGUUGGGGGAUCAGGGCCCUCCCACUGUGAUGAAUAAAUCUGGGUUCUCAGCAAAGUGGGGAGGAGAGGCUUGCAAGACUGUGGCAAUAUGAAGACCACAUAACUCUUCUGCAUGGACCAAGACUAAAGGUUUCCUAGCACAGGCGCUGCCCCUGGAGUUUCCAGCACAUCAGCAUCAGCCUGGAGACCACGUCCUCAUUAAAGAGUGGAAGGAAGGGAAGCUCAAACCAGCCUGGGAAGGAUGCUACCUAGUUCUCCUAACUACUGAGACUGCAGCCCGGACAGCAGAAAGAGGAUGAACUCAUCACACCGGAGUCAAAAAGGCGCCACCACCCCCAGAAUCAUGGACUGUCACUCCAGAGCUCACCCCCACCAAACUAACUCUAAAAAGAGGCUAAUAAUCACUUGUUUAUUUUCUUUUUUCUUUUCAACAGAAGGUCAUCUUGUCAUCAAUGUAACUCAGGCUAGUCAUCCUUUAACCCUUCAGUUCAACGCCUGUUCAGUCAUCCUGUGUGGAGACGAGCAAGCUCAAAGGAAGCACUCCCAUGUUGAUAAGUAUCUAUGUCCAUACCGCAAAGAGUCAACCAAGUAUAAGUAUGGAUCUUUAAAAAGUCCCUGUAGUGACUGGGCAGAUGUUUGGUGGACCACUAAGUACAAAGGGUGGACAGCUAGGCCCCCGGUUUCAAAUAGGUUACGGGGACUAAAACGAAAACUCCAACUGGUCCGUGGUCCCACCCCACCAAAUUGCAAGUCAUUGCACUGUAACCCUUUAUUGCUGAUUAUAAAUAAUCCCCGGACAAUGGCGCAAGAACCCUCUAUAUUCGAACGGUAUGGGUUAGGAGCAGACGUUGCAGGACAAGACCCUGUCGGUAUCUUCUCUCUAAGGUUAGUUAAACCACUGGUUAACAAUAAUAAAGAAAUUCGGACCCAGAGUCCGGGAGACAGGUGGAACCCAAUGCUCUCUCCAAGUAUAGUGAGUCCAACAUCCUCCUCCCAUCUACAAAAUGACCCAAACAAGGUAACAGUUGUGGAGGUAGAAAACUUAAGGCAAACUAUAGCUCUAGAGACAGGAUAUCAAGAUGCAAAUGCUUGGCUGGAAUGGAUUAAAUAUUCCGUCCUCACUUUAAACAAAAGCGAAUGUUACGCUUGUGCACAUGGUAGACCAGAAGCCCAGAUUGUUCCCUUUCCACUUGGAUGUUCUUCCAGCCAGCCAGGCAUGAGCUGUAUGGUAGCUCUCUUCCAAAACUCCUCAGCCUGGGGCAAAAAUCAUGCCAAGCUCUUUCUCUGCUCUUCCCUGAAAUUCGACACCCUGCGGACCAGCCCCCGAGGGUCAUCCAGCAUCCAUCUCCCAAUGCCAAUUUUACUUCGUGUCUCUCACGACAGGGAGAAAACUUGACUUUCCUGGGAGCCUUAACAGGAUACAGUGAGCUUAAACUCUUCCAAGAGCUUACCCAUCAGUCUGCCCUUAACCAUCCUCGAGCAGAUGUGUGGUGGUAUUGUGGUGGACCAAUACUGGACACUUUGCCAAGUAACUGGAGCGGAAUUUGUGUACUAAUUCAAUUGGCCAUCCCUUUCACCCUGGCAUUUCAUCAACCGGAAAGAAUAGGAACCAAACAUCGUCAAACAAGAGAGGCCCCCAUGGCUCCUUUGAUUCUCAUGUUUAUGUAGAUACCAUUGAGGUCCCACAAGGAGUGCCAAAUGAAUUUAAGGCCCGAAAUCAAAUAACUGCCAGAUUUGAAUCUACGUUCUUCUGGUGGCUAACAAUGAAUAAAAAUGUGAAUUGGAUAAAUUACAUUUAUUACAAUCAACAAUGAUUUAUGAAUUAUACUAGAGAUGCUAUUAAAAGGAUAGCUGAACAAUUAGGAACCACCAGUCAAAUGGCCUGGGAAAAUAGGAUAGCAUUAGACAUGAUACUAGCAAAGGAGGGCAGAAUUUGUGUCAUGAUUGGGAACCAAUGCUGUACUUAUAUCUCUAACAAUACUGCUCCCGGCGGGACCAUAACUAAAGCAUUACAAGGUCUUACUGCCUUAUCAAAUGAGCUAGCCAAAAAUUCUGGACUAAACGAUCCCUUCACAAAUGUAACAGGAAAUUAGCUCGGUAGAUGGAAGGGACUUAUGCCUUCAAUCCUCAUUUAUCUUGCCAUCGGAAUAGGGUUGCUUAUUCUUGUAGGGUGUUGUAUUACACCUGUGCCUGAGGACUAAUACGAAGACUUAUUGAAACAGCUCUCAUUAAAAGCUCUGACGAUCCUCCUACCCCUUAUUCAAAUGUGCUUUUCCUUCUUGAAGGCCAAGUAGAACAACAGAGCCAAAUUAUGCUAACAAGGUUUGAAGAGAAAGAGUUAUAAAAAAAGAAGGGGAAAGCUGUGGGUUUGAUGAGGUUUCUCUUCAAACAGCCUGAUCAAUCCUUUAAUCUUUAAUUCAUAGCACUCCCCCUUUCCCUUUUCUCAUCUUUCUUCCUUUCUGCCUUUGUUACAUGCCCAGACAUGCUACAGUACCAGGUGUCAUCAGUACCAGCUCACAUUCCUUUCCUUAUUUGGAAAGAAGACUAGCUCUCUAGCUCAUUGCAGACACCCUUUCCCUUUCCCCUCUCUCCCCACCUUAUCUAAAGAAAGUUCAAAUGUUUAGCCAACCAGGACUAGUUUAGAUUGUGCAGCUCGACUCUGGCCAAUGGGAAAAGGGCACAGGGCAGUACUUGCAUCAGGAAUAAAGGCCGUCAUGCCCCUUUGUUCAGGUGUGCUCUCAUGGCGACUGACCAAGCAGAAGCACCCCCU